CUAUCACCGAAGUAGGGAGGGUAGGAGGAAGGUGAAGGGGUGAACUAGUAUCGCUGAUGGGGUAGGAAGGUGUGGAGGGUAGGAAGGUGGACUAUCGCUGAUAGGGUAGGAAGGUGGACUAUCGCUGAUAGGGUAGAAAGGUGCAGGGCACGAGGAAGGUGGACGACGAUAGAGCAGUAGCGAGUAUGGAGAGCCGUAGUCGGACAACAAAGCACAUCUGAUAGUCGCCUUGGACUUAGGGUAUGACUGAGUCAGUGAUAAUCGGUUUGGGCAGCUACGUUUCAGUGAUCAGUGACAACUUCAUUGCCCAAUGGGUAUCACUGAUGGUCGGGCUGGACUACGUAUCAGUGAUCAGUGACAACUUCACUGUGCAGUCGGUAUCAGUGAUAGUGGAAAUCAAGGGUUGGACUUAGAGGUGGACUAGCGAAGGAGAAAAAUCAGACUGAAAGAAGGGGUGGUUGUAUUCAUUAGGUGAUGAUUGUCGGGCUGUGUCAAGGGUGGUAUUCGCUAGGUUAUGUCGAAGGUGAUAGUCAGGUUAGAGGGGACCUAGUCAGGCUGAAGGGGGUCCUAGUCAGGUUCGAGGGGACCUAGUCAGGCUGAAGGGGGUCCUAGUGAGGUUGGAGGGGUGCUAGUCAGGCUGAAGGGGGUCCUAGUCAGGUUCGAGGGGACCUAGUCAGGCUGAAGGGGGUCCUAGUCAGGUUGGAGGGGUGCUAGUCAGGCUGAAGAGGGUCCCAGUCAGGUUGGAGGCGGUGCUAGUCAGGUAGUUGGAGGGGGUCCUAGUCAGGGUAGGGCCUUCGGUGUUGGGUUAGCAGGUUUAGGCUUAGCAGGCUUCGGUUUGUGGUCGUAGUUGUGAUGUUCUUAUUGUUACUCCAAUAGGGAGUAAAAAUGAAGAUACAUGAGAUGAUGAACAAAUGGACUAGUCACAUGAAGAUACUAGAUUGGCAAUAUAUUCAGCAGGAGGUCAAAUAAUUUUUCAAGAGAAGAAGAUGUAGUUUUGGGAUUGUAUGCGGAAGCUAUAGUUUUGAUAUUGAGAAAUCCUAGGAAUAUUCAUAUGGCACCAUCGAAUAUUCACAGCGUGUCGAGUCGAAUCCCGUCCUUCUCCUUGUAGUGGGCCCUGUACAACUCCAAAUAUUUCCACGAAAAAAAGGAGCGGAUGCGGAUAGUGAGACGAAUUUUUCAGGAGAGAAUGUAAGUUGAAGAACCAAUUACUCAGUAGAAGCACCAAGCAGGAAGUCGAAGCGUUUUUUAGUUAAGAGCGAUCUUCUCCUCGUCGAGCAACAACCCACGGCGCGUAGAAGUACUCUUCUCUGCCAAGAAACGACGUUUUGCAUGUAAAUGUCUUUCCUGCAUACAUGAAACAGAAACCGCUAAAUCUAAAUCGAUGGCAGUCAACAUUAGACGACUACAAUCUUUCUGUUUAGGAAACUGAAAAAUCAUUUUUCACCCAUCAAACGAUUAGGAUUAGAUUUUUUCUGUUUGUGAAACUCAAAAAUUCUUGUUUACUUAUCAGACGACUAGAAUUACAAUUUUUCUGUUUAUGAGUAUGACACCUCAAAUAUUCUUGUUGUGAAAUUCAAAAGUUCUACUGAUGUGCAACACUGUCCUCUCCCUAGAAUUGUAGUGUACGACAACGAAAAAAAAAGAGAACCAUCAAGCUCUUCAUGCUCUUCAAAGCUUCAGAACGAAGUCGAAGAUCAUCAUUAAUGCUAUCAUUUUUCUUAACUUGUCGUGUACAAAUAGAAAGACAAGGCGCGAAGAUACAAAGACAAGACAAGGCUACCUCUGGCGGGUUGUACAAUGCGAGAAAAAUAAGAAGUUCGAUUACGAUUUCUUCAGGUAUCUAUAAAAACACACAGUGUCACAGGUCCAUAGAAUUCUAGUAAGGAGUGUGAGAAGGAGUGUCACGACUCCUAUAAGGAGUACGAGCAAGUGAUUCCAUGAUGGCGAUUUUCUUACCCACAUAUUUAUUUAGAAUGAAUAUGAAGGAAAGCGGGACUCCAUGUAGACGAGGACUAGAGCCAAAUGUAGGGAAAUGCACCAUACCCGUGAUGAGUGAAAAAAUUGAAUGAAAUGAUUCCAAGAUGAAGAAGAUGAGUGUCCUCUACCGCUUCUAACUAUUCAUUGGUUUAAAUUUCAUCUGAUUCUGAAGAUUCUGAUUCUGAACGUGAACAUUAUGCUGGUAGCACAAUCGACCAGUGGAAGCACAGUCUUGUGAUGCAGCAUUGACGCCAGGUGAUGUUACAACGCUUUUAUUUCGGAAUCGCGCGAAGCAGUU